UGAUACUAUCAUACUAGACGCCUGAAUUCUUGGGGAGUGAGAGCAACCUGUGGAUUUUGUGAAGCUAUCUAGCUUUAUCUACUUCAAUUAGGGCGCGCCGCCGAAGGCAUCAGCAACCACCACCACCCACCACCCCAGAGCUCUCUAUUGUCUACCUAGGUACGGAGUACUCAACAACACUUCCCGGUCUUGAAACACUAGCAACCUUCCGCGAUAUCCCUCCUUGUUACUUCCUCAUUACACCUUUACGUACACAUCAUAUUCGUUUUGAGCAAAACGGAAUCUUCUCUCACACCCCCCCCUCCAACCAUGGCCGACGUCGAAAUGAAAGAUGCUGCCCCCAGUGCUUCUGGGAAGUCAAAAGCUGUUGCUAGAGGAGGAAAAUCAGCUCUCAGUGAGGCUAAAGGAGAUGCAAAGAAACGCUUUGAGGUGAAGAAGUGGAAUGCCGUUGCACUGUGGGCGUGGGAUAUCGUCGUGGAUAACUGUGCCAUUUGCAGAAACCAUAUUAUGGAUCUAUGUAUCGAAUGCCAGGCAAACCAAGGCUCAUCCACGACAGAGGAAUGCACUGUUGCUUGGGGGAUUUGUAACCAUGCGUUCCACUUCCACUGCAUUUCGAGAUGGUUGAGAACCCGACAAGUGUGCCCGCUAGAUAACAGAGAUUGGGAGUUCCAGAAAUACGGACGAUAGAGCUAAAAUUAUACAACCAUCCAUACAACCAAAACGGAACGGGACUGGAGUUCCAAUAAUUUUCUUAGCGUUUUUCUUGGGAGAAUAUAUUUCCUUUCAACCCCACCCCCGGAAUUUAACACCCAACAUCGCAGUGUUGACUAGGGAAUGGCAUGUGGAGGAGCGAACUCAUGAGGCGAGUUAUUUAGACCGGCCAGGUGGUAAGCUUGAGGGAAGACGGAGGGUUUGGAAUAGAGGCUAUGCGAUGACGUUACGAAACAUAUUAAUGAAACAAGGCCUUUUUUUUUUUUUUUUUUUUGUCAUAUCUAUUGAAAGUUCAUGGGGAUUACUACACUUAAAUUCCGAAGAACGAAAGUGAAAGUAGAGCGUUAUUUCAUUUCUACGCGCCCUAUCACUUCCGCUUUACCCCCCUUCCUUCCACCUUGAUGCCAUGUAUACGAUCGCUAUGUCCCUCAAGAAAACCAGAACCAAAAAAAGAAGUCCAAGGAAACAGAAACCCAACCCAUUCCAUUCCAUUUCUAGAGUAUCACUAUUAGAAACACAAAAUAAGAAAUAAUCCAAAUACACGCAUUCUAACUCCCAUUGUUCCUCCCCCUACGUUAAAGCAAACCCAUCCGUCACCGCUUCCCCCCAUCCACCACAAUCCCUGCCCUUCCCACACCCCCAGAUCCAGCAAUCAACCAUGGUUCCGGAUGUUUAUUAUACAUCGGCCAGGGCGGCACAACGACCAGCGCUGUGAUGAGCGUCCCCGCCAGCCCGAUCCAGAGGGUC